ACGCUUACAGUCCUAACUGCUACCUCUCACGUCUCACCCACACCUACCCAAUCUCCCGGUGCGCAGCGGCGAGCGACAUGGAGCUCCGCGAGCUCGGCGCCACGGGCCUCCGCGUCAGCCCCGUCGGCUUCGGCGCCUCCCCUCUCGGCCAUGUCUUCGGCGACGUCCCCCGCGACGUCGCCCGCGCCGCCGUCCGCCGCGCCCUCGACCUCGGCAUCAACUUCUUCGACACCUCCCCGUACUACGGCGGCACGGUGUCGGAGUCGGUGCUCGGGGACUGCCUCCGCGCCGCGGGCGUGCCGCGGGACCGGUUCGUGGUCGCCACCAAGUGCGGGCGCUACAGGGAAGGGUUCGACUUCAGCGCCGCCCGCGUCACCCGCAGCGUCGACGAGAGCCUCGCACGCCUCGGCCUCGACUACGUCGACAUCCUCCACUGCCACGACAUCGAGUUCACCGACCUCGACCAGAUUGUGAAUGAGACGAUUCCGGUGCUCCAGAAGAUCAAGGAGAGCGGGAAGGCGCGGUUCAUCGGGAUAACCGGGCUGCCAUUGAGCAUCUACACUUAUGUGCUCGACCAGGUGCCGCCAGGUUCUGUGGAUGUGAUUCUGUCUUACUGCCACUAUGGGAUCAAUGAUACCGCGCUUGUGGAUUUGCUUCCCUACCUGAAGAGCAAAGGUGUUGGCGUGAUCAGUGCUUCACCUCUUGCAAUGGGGCUUCUUACAGAUAACGGGCCACCCGAAUGGCACCCUGCACCGAAAGAACUAAAGUUGGCAUGCAGGGCAGCAGCAGAUCACUGUAAGAAGAAGGGGAAAAACAUUACAAAGCUAGCUAUGCAGUACAGCUUGAUGAACAAUGAGAUUUCCACGGUUCUUGUUGGAAUGAACUCUCCAGAACAGGUAGAGGAGAAUGUGGCUGCUGCAAUUGAAUUGUCUACUUCCGGUAUUGAUAAAGAACUUCUGCACGAAGUUGAAGCAAUUCUUGAGCCUGUCAAGAACAUGACCUGGUCCAGUGGCAUUGAGCAAGCCUGAUAUCUGGCAGCAGCCUGGCUCAUUAUAAUUCAUUCAUGUAUUCAUUGAGUCAAUUGUUUGCAUUGCAAUAUUUCAAUGGUGAGCAAAGGAAAGUCAUCAUCGGAAAUUCGUUGGUAUGUUGUCUGUAUCAAUUUAGAAGUCUGUGAAUAGACAAACAGCCAAACAUGGAUGCUGAUAAUAAUGGAAUAAGUUGUGCCCAUGCACCUUGCUGUAAUGAGGCUUGUAUAUUGCUUCAACUACAAACUGUACCAAAAAACAAAUUGCAAACCAAUAAUUUGCCGAUGCAAAAGGAAAUAUCACAAAUUCUGUAUACAA